AUGACCGGAAGUAACGGUUUUUACUGGACGGAAGACAGCAGUUAGUCACACAAGUUAGACCUUUUAAUCCUCCACCGACGUGGAGCUCGUUUAAACGUCUUGUCUGCAGGUUUUCUUGGGGAUUUUACUUAAGUGAAAGUGAAACACCAGCCUCCUUCCUUCGUCGGCGGGGUCUCCGUUAGCUGCGCAGCUGCGACGCGACAGCUAAAUAACUUAACAGCGAAGUUGACGCUAGCAAGCACCGUCGGUUGAAUAACGGACUAGCCAGUUAGCUUUCGCCAACGGUUCCAACACAGAGCUGGAGUCAAUGGUUAACCGGACACGAGUGUCAUUGUUUGUUUUCUCUCACUUGGGAGUUUACUCGGACAAAAGGCUCUGGGGGUUUUGGUCGCUCCUUUCUCCGUGGCGCUGGGUGAGAACUUAGCUCGGUUUUUAUUAUGGCUAGCUGUUGUUGUUCGUUGUUUCGCUUCCCCGAGCCGAAGCGCUACGAUCGCUGAGAGGAAGUAGCCCGUUGGAUAUUUCGGCUGCGAUGUUUUAUAUUCCGCCGUUGCUGCUGGUUGAGCUGCUGCCACAGUGAUUAACUGCAGGACACCUGGUCCAGCAUGAAGGCCCUGGGUUCCAGAUUCUCCUUUUAUGCGGGUUUUGUGGUGGGGACCUUCACAUUGUACGUGUUCCUGCGGCAGGUUUGGUUUGAGAGGUCUGAGCAGGCCGAAGGCUAUGGGAAACUUGGUGUCCAGCAGCAACAGUUGGACGAAGACCAGGGGAUAUGGAAGAAAGAGAGGUCCGCUCUGUUUAACUUGGAUCACCCUCAUCAUAUAGGUGAGGAUAGCCGCAUGGCUGACGAAUUGUACAACAAGGUGCGAAUCCUUUGCUGGGUGAUGACUGGUCCCAAAAACUUGGAGACAAAGACUCGGCAUGUCAAGUACACAUGGAGCCGCCAUUGCAACGUAGUCGUUUUCAUGAGCUCUGUGGAUGACCCCGACUUCCCCACGGUGGGACUUGGCACUAAGGAGGGGCGCGAUCAGCUGUACUGGAAAACGAUCAGGGCCUUCCAUUACGCCUACGAGCAUUACGCCAACGAGGCAGACUGGUUCCUCAAGGCAGAUGACGACACCUACGUGAUAGUGGACAAUCUGCGAUGGAUCCUUGCCAAUCACACGCCGGACGAGCCAAUUUACUUUGGCCGAAGAUUCAAGCCCUACACCAAGCAGGGGUACAUGAGCGGCGGCGCGGGAUACGUACUGAGCAGAGAAGCCCUGCGGAGAUUCGUAGAAGGUUUUAAAGACAAAGUGUGCACUCACACUUCGUCUGUAGAGGACCUGGCGAUGGGGCAGUGUAUGGAGAAGGUUGGGGUGCUGGCAGGAGACUCCCGAGACACUGCGCAGAGGGAGACGUUCCACCCCUUCGUCCCCGAGCAACACCUCACUGCCAAGUUCCCCAAGAGCUUCUGGUACUGGAGCUACUGCUACUACCCCAUCUCAGAGGGUCCAAAGUGCUGUUCAGAUGUGUCGGUGUCUUUUCAUUAUGUAGACGCCACCGGCAUGUACAUGUUGGAGUACUACGCCUAUCACCUGCGUGCCUUUGGCUAUAGAUACCGCUACCAGCCGCCGACCCCAAAGGCUUACAGAGCUGAACUUCCAAAUCCCUGGGAUUCUGCCGAAAGAGUAAAAGAGCGGGCAUCUGGGGUGAAGGAGUCCGGGGCUGGAGAUGAUUCAGCGCAGGAAGUAGGUCCUGCACCUGUGGCUGCUAAAGACCCCGCUGAAGCGCCGGUUUGAUAAUAACACAGAUUUUAAGUAGGAGAAAAUGGGCGUUUUUUGUGCUACCCAUGCAUUGUGAUAAUCUGGGAUUGUAGUUCUUCACAAGCAGGAAAUUGGCUCCACUUUGAUCCGAAGUUUCUUCCACAUACAAGUGCAUUCCCUGAGGAUUCUGGAGCUCAGCGACUGCUUUUAAUGUCAGCUGUGACUGCAAGACUGUUCCUCGGGCUGAGACUUUUACCCUUUUAUUUUUUUAAGUGGUUUUACAACUAUGUUCUUGGACACCUGUGUUUGUCUAUAUUGAUUUUUGAGAGGGUGAUGCUGUUCCAACAUUUUAAAGCAUUUAAGCAUUGUGUUUUAUGUUUUAAGUCUGCAGUCACAACAAGUAAACUGUCAUUUGGUUCUCCUUCACAACCGCAGAAGUUGUCUGACUUCAUUCCACACAGAGAACUGUAAAUCUGCAAGGGAGGGGACCUGGUUGUGCAAAGAACGCCGUGGUUUCAUGUUCUGAGCCGUAAAACUUUCUCAUCAGUUCAAAAUAUCCAGUUUCGCAUUCGUGAUCGUUUUUUGUUUUUUUUGCAUGAGCUACCUCUCAAACUGUUGGCUGUGUUUCAGAGUCUUUCAGCUGGACACAAAGCGUAACGUUCCACUUGGGACUUUUUGUCAACGUCGUCACAUUUUAUUUGUAAUGCUUCAUGAAGAAAAUCUUGCCUGUCCGGAACAGGCAGCCGAAGUGUAGUGAAGUUUUACACCUGCUAAAGCUUUCCAUGUUCCUACAGUUUAAAAUCCUCCUGAGGAGAUGCCCAAGCUAGUCUGGUCUGAAAUAUUUAUUUAUAAUGUUUCUAUGUUCAAGCUCACCCAGACAGCCAUGGCUGUCAUAGACUAUUCAUUUGCUUUUUUGAAUUUAUGUAAAAAAGCUUCCUAAUGAAGGUUCAGAAACUUUAAAAAUUGCCGGUUUUUUGCCAACAAUUAAAAAAAAAAGAAAAACACCAAAUCCUUACAUUUCAGACCAAGAGAGUUUUUGCAGUAAUACACAUAAUAAAACAUUUUGCUGCACCCAAAUCAGUUUUUUGUUUAGUUUAUUAAACUUGGCUAAAUAUAUCAAACGUUUUCAAAGAAUUUAAGACAAAUCCUGUUUUUAUAUCUGAGAAUAAUUCUGUUCAACCGAGCCUAAAAGAAUUUGAAAACCAGAUGUCUAAUCUAUAGUGUUGAAUAACACGGACUACUUUAUUUACUUGAUUUUAGUAGUACAGCCCUGCUCUAAAGUGAUGCUACGUCUCAAUCAGAUUCAAGUCAGAACUUUGAAUAAAACCAAUAUUAAAUAUAUAUAUUUUUAAUUUAUAGAGCCAUUCAAAUAUUUGCUUGAGCUUUAGGUCACAUUCUGAUGGCCAGACGUCUUGCACCAGAAUAAUUCUGGUAGAGCAAAAGUCAUGGUUCCAUUAUUUACAAUGUCCUGGUCAACUUUAGUUAAAUGAUUUAGUUUGAUUAUUGAUUCAAUUAUCUUCUCACAUUGAGACAGUCGACUAUUAAAACUUAUUUGAUGAUCUUAAAUAUGUCAGGAAACACAAAAAGUACCAACAACUUUUUCACAGCACUGUAAAGGGAACAUGAACACAGAUUUAGACACAACUUGAUGAUGAAUUGUUUUACUUUGUUCCAUAACAUCUAAUCUACAAUAUUCCCAAUCCUGUGUAAAUGAGCCAGACAUGGUUAUUAUAAUAUUCCAGAUCUAUAUAAUCCAACCAAAGAUUCCUGCACUGGAGAAAAGAUUCCCCAGUGAAGGAAGACAAAUACGGAUUUGUCUUCUUUGUUAGUAGUUUUCUUUUCUUAAUUCAGUUCAUCCAGCAGUUUCACUCAUGCGGCCGCGUUUCCUGGCGCAGCUGGAAAAACUAGAUAGUUGAAGUAGUUGACUGAAUAAUCCUUUGUUCUCUUUGAAACAACACCUAGUCUGCUCUAAGCAAACGGUUGCAGAAUAUUUAUCUGCGCUUUCUGAAACUGCCACUAGACACACACACACGUACAUUUGGCAAGUUCCUGCAUCCUUCUCCCCAAGCUGACGCAUAAAGAAUGUGCCUUGCGAACUGAGAAUGUAUGAGCCACGAGCUGCACACGCGACUUUGCACUGUGACGUUAAAAUGGGGGG